UCUUCUCGAUCAUCCAAGUAAAGAAAAUGCAACUAUUUCAAUUCUAAAAAUCCAACUUGGUAAAGAUGAUACAAUGUUUGCGACAUUAACUGACAUAAAUGGAAAAGAAUGGGAAUAUGCUUCAAGUACAAAAUUCCUGAUAAAAGAUAUGCUUGCCAGUAAAAACCGAGGGGAAAAAACUUUGCAUAAAAUUGCUGAAGGAAAUGAAGCGCUUUCACUUUUUGGCUUGGAUAUGGACCUUUGGAAUGAAGGGUCUACUAUAUUAGACACUAUGGAAGUUCCUGACAUGCCGUGUCAUUUAAUAUUAAAAUUUAAUCAAAAUAAAAUUAAUGCAUCUAGGCAAUGUGUAAGAAUUUUAUUUUAA